AUGCAGAUGCCUGAAGAAAUGCACCAAGAUGAGGAGGCUGAGACCUUUGCCUUCCAGGCUGAGAUCGCUCAGUUGAUGUCCCUGAUUAUCAACACCUUCUAUUCCAACAAAGAGAUCUUUCUCAGGGAGUUGAUUUCCAACGCUUCUGAUGCUCUGGACAAAAUCCGCUAUGAAAGCCUGACCGACCCCACCAAGCUUGACAGCGGCAAGGAUCUGAAAAUCGAUGUCAUCCCCAACAAGGCUGAACGCACCCUGACCCUAGUUGACACUGGAAUUGGCAUGACCAAAGCCGACCUCAUUAACAAUCUGGGUACCAUUGCCAAGUCUGGUACCAAGGCCUUCAUGGAGGCCCUGCAGGCUGGUGCUGACAUCUCCAUGAUUGGUCAGUUUGGUGUGGGUUUCUACUCUGCCUACCUUGUUGCUGAGAAAGUGGUUGUUAUCACAAAGCACAAUGAUGACGAGCAGUAUGCCUGGGAGUCCUCUGCUGGAGGUUCCUUCACAGUCAAGGUCGACAACAGUGAGCCCAUUGGCCGCGGUACAAAGAUUGUCCUGCACCUGAAGGAGGACCAGACAGAGUAUAUUGAGGAGAAGAGGAUCAAGGAGAUUGUGAAGAAGCACUCUCAGUUCAUUGGCUACCCAAUCACCCUCUUUGUUGAGAAGGAGCGUGAUAAGGAGGUCAGUGAUGAUGAGGCAGAGGAGGAAAAGGCAGAAAAGGAGGAGAAAGAGGAAGGUGAGGACAAGCCAAAGAUUGAGGAUGUGGGCUCAGAUGACGAGGAGGACUCCAAAGACAAGGACAAGAAGAAGAAAAAGAAGAUCAAGGAGAAAUACAUUGACCAGGAGGAGCUGAACAAGACCAAGCCCAUCUGGACCAGGAACCCAGAUGACAUCACAAAUGAGGAGUACGGCGAGUUCUACAAGAGUCUAACCAAUGACUGGGAGGAUCACCUGGCUGUCAAGCAUUUCUCAGUGGAAGGCCAGCUGGAGUUCCGUGCCUUGCUCUUUAUCCCCCGCCGUGCACCUUUUGACCUCUUUGAGAACAAGAAAAAGAAGAAUAACAUUAAACUCUACGUCAGAAGAGUCUUCAUCAUGGACAACUGUGAAGAGCUCAUCCCAGAGUAUCUGAACUUUAUCCGUGGUGUUGUGGAUUCUGAGGACCUGCCCCUCAACAUCUCCAGAGAAAUGCUGCAGCAGAGCAAGAUCCUGAAGGUCAUCCGUAAGAACAUUGUCAAGAAGUGUCUGGAGCUCUUUGCUGAACUGGCUGAGGAUAAAGACAACUACAAGAAAUUCUACGAAGCUUUCUCCAAGAACCUCAAGCUGGGUGUGCACGAGGACUCUCAGAACCGCAAGAAGUUGUCUGAGCUGCUCCGCUACCACAGCUCCCAGUCUGGUGACGAGACCACCUCCCUUUCAGAGUACGUGACCCGCAUGAAAGAAAACCAGAAGUCAAUCUACUACAUUACUGGUGAGAGCAAAGAUCAGGUGGCCAACUCGGCCUUCGUUGAGCGUGUCCGCAAACGUGGUUUUGAGGUCUUGUACAUGACUGAGCCCAUUGAUGAGUACUGCAUCCAGCAGCUGAAGGAGUUUGAUGGCAAGACUCUGGUGUCUGUCACCAAAGAGGGUCUGGAGCUGCCAGAGGAUGAGGAGGAGAAGAAAAAGAUGGAGGAGGACAAGGCCAAGUUUGAGAACCUCUGCAAGCUCAUGAAGGAGAUCCUUGAUAAGAAAGUAGAGAAGGUGACUGUGUCAAACAGACUGGUGUCAUCACCCUGCUGCAUUGUGACAAGCACCUACGGCUGGACGGCCAACAUGGAGAGGAUCAUGAAGGCCCAAGCACUCAGGGACAACUCCACCAUGGGCUACAUGAUGGCCAAGAAGCACCUGGAGAUCAACCCUGACCACCCCAUCAUGGAGACUCUCAGGCAGAAGGCAGAGGCUGACAAGAAUGACAAGGCUGUGAAGGACCUCGUCAUCCUGCUGUUUGAAACCGCACUGCUGUCUUCAGGCUUCUCCCUGGACGACCCACAGACCCACUCCAACCGCAUCUACAGAAUGAUCAAACUUGGACUGGGGAUCGACGACGAUGACAUUCCUGCAGAGGAGACCACCACUACAGCAGUCCCAGAUGAGAUACCUCCCCUAGAAGGCGACGCUGAGGACGAUGCUUCACGCAUGGAAGAAGUGGAUUAAACAAGACCGACACCCCCAGAUUUCCAACACAUUAUCCUUCCCUUUCCAAUUGUUCAUCCUUAAAACUUUUAAAAAACAAAUAGUUAUUCAUGUUGUGUGGUGGAUCAGUGUUGCUCUUGAGCCUGGAGCGUUACACUGAAGAGGUCUUUAAGAAAGGCAGUCUUGAUUUUUGCUGUAGAAGUUCAUGGUGACGCCACAUUUGUUUUAACGAGAACCCUGUUGCACUGAGUUUUAAAUAUCGGAGCGGUAAAUGUGUGAACACGCAAGAGGUACAUUCCACAAUCGCGUCUGGAGGGUUUGAGGAGGUUCUGUUGAUGUGCAACACUGCACGCUGCAUGGAGAGAGGACUGUAUGAUUCCUUUGCCUGAGUUCAGGCUUGUCUGUAAUUCCGAGUCUUGUUUUGCAAAAAAAUUAAAGAUGUGAGACCUUA